AUGUAUCAAGAGUUUACUUUGCGCAGGAGGCCUCCAAUCUACGAUCCUAAAGAGUUUCAAAUCUUCUGUCGUUCAGCCGGAGCCCCCACCAUUUUCGAUACAAUAUUAAACGCAAUGACGGACCUAAGACAUUCACAGUUAAGACUAGGCACCAACGAAAAACGAACUGUUGCCAUCAUUUACAAGCUAUGUUACGGAGUUAGCCAGGUUUGCAACUGGUUGCAAACCGACCAUGUGUUGUUUCUAAAAGAGUCAAAUCUAAACCAAAGAGUCUUCGAAGCCCAAAGAGAAAUGGGAAAUUCCUGUUGCCGUAGAAGAGUCAACAUUCUACAUGCGGAACUUGCAGAAAGUAACACAAAUAAGAUAGGAGAACUGAUUUCGGAAGCUAUUAAAGAACAAUGGCAACUGGUGUUAAUCAUUGACCAUUACACUUCAGUACACAGCAAACGACGUCCAAAAACUAUGCCAUCUCAAGAGUAUGUGCACAAUAGUAGUUAAAGUGUUUAAAAAUGUCAAGACAUUACCUCUUGUGUCAAGACUUUGUCGAGUUCAUCCUCAAUGUACAAACUGGCCUUUACCUAUUCAUCUGCAAUGCCUGCCUGGAUACGUGACACGUUCUUCAAUCCAGAACUCGAAAGGCACAGACUUGCCGUGCAUGAAUAUAAUGAGAAUGACUCUGUGAGGACGAUGAGGCAGAUGACAGAGGUUCAUUUACUGCAAUUCAUUGAGCUUACUCUUAAAAGCAAGAAGGACUUUUCGGCCUCAUAUGACAUUGUUCUGAGUACAAGAAUGUCUGACUACUUUAAAAAUUUCUUGUAA